AUCUCGAGCUAUUUCGUGAGGCGGCCAAUGCUCAGUAGCUUUCCUUGACCUGCUCGACUUUUACGUCUGCCAUCUAAAGUAAACGAAAGAACAGGGGAGAGAGAGAGAGGAGAGAGAGAGAGAGAGGGAGGAGAAAACGAAGAAGAAAAGAAAUAGAGAGAACCUCUCUCUUCUCUCGAGAUCUUGUCACAGGGUACAGGUUAAAAAUGAGGUUGAAACAAGCUCUGAAGAGCAUCGAUGCCUUUCCUCGUGCUGAAGAGCACUUGAUGCAGAAGACACAGUCUGGUGCAUUGGUAUCAAUUGUUGGUUUAAUCAUCAUGGCUACGUUGUUCUUGCAUGAGCUAAAGUAUUAUCUUACAACAUAUACAGUACACCAGAUGGCUGUAGAUUUGAAACGUGGAGAGACUCUUCCAAUUCAUAUAAAUGUUUCAUUCCCUUCUCUACCUUGUGAUGUUUUAAGUGUUGAUGCUGUUGAUAUGUCGGGCAAACAUGAAGUGGACAUUGAUACAAACAUUUGGAAGCUUCGCUUGAAUCCUGAUGGCCACAUCAUUGGCACCGAAUACAUAUCUGACCUUGUUGAAGGUGGUCAUACUCACAAACAUGAUCACGACAAAGAACAUCAUGAAGAUUCUUCUCCAAAACUUCAGUCUCAUGGUUUUGACCAAGAAGCUGAACAAAAAGUCAAGAAUGUGAAGCAAGCAUUGGCAGAUGGGGAAGGAUGCAGGGUUUUCGGGGUUUUAGAUGUUCAAAGAGUUGCUGGAAACUUUCAUAUUUCGGUUCAUGGGUUGAACAUAUUUGUUGCACAACUGAUCUUCGAGGGAGCUAGUCAUGUGAAUGUGAGUCAUGUCGUUCAUGAUUUAUCAUUUGGGCCAAAGUACCCAGGAAUUCAUAACCCGCUUGACGGAACAGCACGGGUUUUGAGGGGAGCGACUGGGACAUUCAAAUAUUACAUAAAGAUUGUUCCAACUGAAUACAGAUAUCUCUCCAAAGAAGUUCUACCAACUAAUCAGUUCUCUGUUACGGAAUAUUUUGUCCCCAUGCAUGAGUUUGAUAGGAUGUGGCCAGCUGUUUACUUCUUGUAUGAUCUUUCUCCAAUCACUGUGACAAUUAGAGAAGAACAGCGCAGUUUUCUGCAUUUCAUAACACGACUUUGUGCAGUACUUGGUGGUACAUUUGCCGUAACAGGAAUGCUAGAUCGGUGGAUGUACAGGCUUCUUGAGGCAUUGACAAAGUCAAAAAGUAGAACGACACGUCGGUAUUGAGGCCUUGGAUCAACUCUUACUGGAGGCAGCAAGGCUUUGUGUUGUCCAGUUCCAAGGAUUGUUCAUUUCAUCAGAGCAAGAUACGUAGCUCCCCAUUUGUGCCACAAGAGCCUGAUCUCAAGGAUUCAAGAUCUUGAGUCGAUUCGCACACACUCAGGAAAAUGAUCUUUCUUGCCAAUCUUUGUGUUCUGGUGCUAGUCUGCUUUAGUUAUUUAAUCUUUGUAAAUUUAUUUUCUUCUUGUUUCCGUCUACAUAUAGGCUGGUCUGCAAUGUGAUCAAUCUAUUUCCGGGAGGGGAAACUUUAGUUUUUGGAUCAAAAGAUAGAAGGGGAAAUUGCAUAUUUUAUACCCUGACAGUGUAGAGCACAUAUGAAGUGUACAAUUUUUUAUUUUAUUGUUAUUUUUUUAUUCA